CAAGAUAUUCUUACUGUUGAUCAAAUACUUUCAGAAUAUUUGUCACCACAUAUCCUUUCUGUUGAACAUAUUGAAAUGGCUCAAUGCUUAUAUUUCAAUGCAGUAUUAACCAACAUGACGAUAAUUAGCUCUGAUGAUAAAAAUGAAACAUCAUGCGAGUAUUAUGAUAACAAGAAAGAGGCAGUUGAUCAAAAGAAUGUGGUUUUUUCAAAUAAGGGUUCUAGUCAAGCACAACAAAAUCAAACUAUAUCAUUAAUUCCUCAACAAUUUACUGUUUCUCCUUCAAUAACAACAAGCAGCCAAUGUAUAACAACUCAACGUUUCAAGUUUUGUAAAUUAUGGGAUCUUGUAUGA